AUGCCAGCGGAGCGUAGAUCCUUUACGUCGACCAGACCGGUCAAGACAGAGCGUACUCACGAAGAAAACCAAGAACGCGACCGUAGCUUAGAGGCACGCAUUGAGUCUGCGAGAAGAGCCUCUGAAAUUCACAAGAAGCGCACUGGUCGCGCCUUGCGAGUUACUGAGCAAGAUGUCAUCAAUGAAGAGAUGUACGAAGAGGAGGAUGAUGAUCUGCCCACUCAGUAUCAAAGGUUGAACGCCCACUUGCACACAACCUCUGUCAUGUUUAACAAGAAGCUGCACGACUACAUUGCGACACAGCAUGGUGUUCGAAACAUGUUCAUGUCGCAAUACCAAAACCAGCAGUUCCCUCCUCAGUAUGGAGGUCAGUUUGCACAGCAGAACAAUGGCGCCUUCCCCCAGACGAACAACUGGCUAAACCCUACCAUGAUGCCUCCCCAGCCGUUCAACCAACAGACACCACAGUCCUUUGCUCAACAGCAGGCACAGGCAUCGCAGCAACAGGGAGCUCGCACAUCGCCAUAUCAUGUUCCUCAGCGACCACAUCAGCGCUCAGCGUCCAUUGCCGUGCCAGCCUAUGACGCCUCCUCGCAGCAGGGUACCUUGACGCCUCAGGACGCACGCAGAAUGUCAUUGCCAGCUGGCGAUGACUUGUCUCGACCUGCCUUGUCUCGCGGAUCCUCUUUCGCACAACAGCAACCUACCUCGCCAUUCACCGAUGGGGCAUCACCUAUAUCCGGAUCCGGUCAGCGAACGCCACAGCUCCAGGCAGACAGCGAGACCCCUAUCUCAACCGUCAGUCCAAUGAACUUCUCAAUGGGCUCGCAGAUGCUCAGCGGCAAUCCUCUUUCAAUGGCGUUGCCUGCUGAGUCACAGCAGUUCAUGGGUUCAAUCCUGGAUCCCAAUGAUCCUCGCACUUCCAUGUUCAUGAGCGGUAGCGAGCACAUACCGCAGCCUUUCGCCCCGACAUACACCUACAACCCCAACUACUCUCCAAAGGCCCUGAAGUCGGGCAGCAACAUGACCCUCAGCAUGCCCGACUCUGGUCUGAAGUCAGAAGAUACAGAGGACUCUUGUGCGCCCAUCUCGGCAGGCAUGUUCACAAACGACCCCUUGUUCACGCCCGGUAACGAGAACUACGCAGCGUUCUUCGACUUCGGGUCAAGCGAUUUUGCUCAGUCUGGCGAUGAGCAGAAUCUCAACAAUGACCAGCUCGUUGACGGUUCAAGCUUUGUCAAUUGGGACAGCUAG